CAAAGCGAGUGAGUGAGCGAGCGGGAGACAUAAAGAGAGAACUGACUGUGACGGCACACACACACACACACACACACACACAGAGAGAGAGAGAAAGAGAGAGCAGGUUGAACCUGAAAGGUUAUUUUCUCCACAGCAGACCAACCCAUGCUUUGAGAAUUGUGUGUCGUCGUGAGAAAUCUGUACGUGGUAGCAGCGUUGCACACACAGAAACAAACCGAACAAAGAAAUUAAUAAGGGAUUUUUCCCUACUAUGGUAUUUAAUGGUGGCCAACAACUGUUUGGUUACGAUCAUUCUUCAAAAUAUCUCUCUUGAGAUAUUGAAUAACAACUUGAGGGAAUUGAGAUCUGACUACCGACUGGGACCCCUGCAGAUGACAUGCAGUCUCAGAAGAGAGUGGAGGUGCACGACCAUCUGAAUGGCACACGGAUCGUUUUUUCAGACGAGGCUCUUCCCGGCAACGGAGCACGUCAGCACUUCAUGACUCCAGAUAUGACCCAGGACGUAGUUGUCAUCUCUCCUGGUUUGCCCACACCUCCCUUAAGUCCAUUCCACUAUAGUUCCAUCACUGUGUCGUCUCCACAAAAGGUUGCUGAGGUCAAUGGAGGUGGAUACCCACCACGCAGUUUCGGAUCCUACUAUGGUCCAACUCAGACAAACGUUGGAUUGUCUAACGGUGGAGUGAGAAGUGAAGGCUUCGUCACGUUACCUCAGACGUCUGCCUCACGAGAGGAACGCCUUAUAAAGUUUUCUGGAAUCGGUCCUGUAGAUGAGUCAGGAAUGCCAAUCGCGUCUCGAUCUAGUGUAAACAAGCCCAAGGACUGGUACAGAAGCAUGUUCAGACAAAUCCACAAGAAACCAGAGGAGCCUGAAACUGACUGGAGAGAAAGGAACCUGUCGUCUUCACCUCCACCAGAUUCUUCCCAUCAGGACGGGUGUUCAGCCCCCUUCACCCUCACCCAGCAUGGUGCCCUGCCUGACUGGGCUGAUCUGGAUGACAUAGCGAGGCACCCAGAACCGAAGAGUAUUUUUGACUUUGAGCCUGAUAGAGGAGUCCUGGUGGAGAACCACACUCAGUCACAGAAGCCCGAGUCGCAGUCCUUAUAUCACCCACCACGGAAACCUCAAUCACCAUCCAUAGAGGCGACGUUGGUUUCAGAGCUGAACCGUUUUGAGGCGGAGCUGGACUCAGAUAUCCUCGGUCUAGAGAGGAAGUUAUCACAGAAACAGCACCAGCGGCGAGGCAGGGGUGAGGAACCCAAACUCAACACGGCAGGAGUAGAAGAGAACAGACGUGAGAACAGCUCUCUGAUAUUUCCCUUCUCUGCUGUAAAGCAGAGCACAACGCCGAGCUUCAUACAUUCUGAUGAUCGAAUGAUGCCAGAGAUGGAUUUCCCACCUAAGAAAGAGGAUAAGAAGAUGAAAGCAGCACGAGCCAAAUUUAUUUUUCAAGCACAAUCACCAAAAGAGCUGACCAUACAGAAAGGUGAUGUAGUGUAUAUACACCGGCAAGUGGACGCCAACUGGUAUGAAGGAGAGCAUCAUGGGAGAGUGGGAAUCUUCCCCACCAGCUACGUGGAGAUUAUUCCUGCGACAGAAAAACCGACUCCAAUAAAGUCGCCCACCUACCAGGUGCUGGAAUAUGGAGAAGCAGUAGCCUUGUUCAACUUUAAUGCAGACCUACCUGUGGAACUUUCCUUUAGAAAGGGGGAAGUGAUCUCCAUAGUCAGGCAUGUAGAUGAUCACUGGUUGGAGGGUCGUAUCACCGGCACCACCCGCAGUGGAAUCUUUCCCGUCAACUACGUCCAGGUCAACAAAAUGCCUCGCACUAAACCCAGUGAUGAUUUUCCUUCCUCUCCCCUCUCACCUUCUGCUACCCCAGAGCCCCUCAGUCCCGGCCGGCCGCAGCACUCACCCCUGUCUCCCUCCUCACGCUCCCCCGAAUCUCCUCUUUCAGCUCACAAACACUCCAGCCAGUCACGCUCCCCUCUGUCACCGGCACAGCGCACCUCCCCAAAACAGCCAUCCACCCACUUUCUGUACUCGCCUGGCAUCACCUCCUCCACCUCACCCACGGGCAUCCGGAGUGGAGCUCUGCACCCUCACAGCACACUGGACACAGACACAAGAUCACCAGUGUCACCAUCAAACCAUGUGCUGAAAUCUCCUCAGGGCCCAGGACUGCCACUGAACACCAACUCACACAUCACACAGGAUGGUCCCAGAACACUGUAUCCGCUGCCAAAAUCCAAAGUUAAGAUUCCUUCAACAUCAAAGUCUCACAUUGGUUCUACACUUAUUCAGCGACAACCAUAUAAGGCUGUUUACAACUAUAAACCCCAGAAUCGAGAUGAGCUGGAAUUAAAGGAAGGAGACAUCGUACAGGUGAUAGAGAAAUGUGAUGACGGCUGGUUUGUAGGUACGUCUGAACGUUCACAAACGUUUGGAACUUUUCCUGGAAACUAUGUAGCACCAGUUUGAGAGCCACGAAUUCCUAUCAGCAAUUCUUGAUCUUUGCAAGCACAGUCACUGUCACUACAGACUUAACCACUAAUGGAUGCAAUAUACAGUCUGUGCUGUCUCUGUACACUAAAGACCCUCCUCACACUCAUAGAAAUAUAGACACAAGUUUCCGUCUUUCUUCACAUCCUACUCUUCAUCCACAAUGCAUAUAUGCAUGUGCACUCCUCCUCACCGUGUUACCAUGGUGCCUUCUACAGAUGUUGAACACAGACGAGUUUGUGACAGUAUGACCCCUCACGUUUUGAGAAUAAGUGUGUUGGAUUUGUAAUGACACUCCUCACUGCAUGGUGCUUUGAAGAUCCUUUUGUGUGAAAAGCACCAGAGACAACUUUUACACAACUCUUGUGGGAUUUUGAUGAAAUUUCCAAUUUUAAAGUCUUUGAAAUGUUUAUCCUCAUUUUCCUUUCAGAUUUGUAACAACGUUGCCUGUGAACUCCGCAAAUUGUGAGGACACAGAGCUAAAGUUUGGAUCUCAGAUGUGGUCAAAACUGUCCAUUCUUUACAAUCAUAUUAUGAACACAGUCGCUGUCUUUGCAAUCAUUAUCAUGUGUCUGCAAGUGCUUCACGCAAUUGUCUUUAAGUGUUAAAUCUGUCUGUAUGAUGUUUAUUGUGUGACAAACUCAUACAUUAUCCUAAAGGUGUAAGACAGUGAAACAGUGUUGUUGAACCUUUUUAGGCAAGUCUCCUGCUCAGUGAAAACCAUUUGGUCUUGGUGUGUGAAGGAGUAGUUCACUUUCAAAAUGAAUUUACAUGAUUAUUUCAUCCAAGAUGUUAUUGUUUUUUUUUCUUUAGUCGAAAAGAUAAUAAGGUUUUAGAUGAAAACAUUCCAGGAUUUUUCUCUAUAUAGUGGACUUCAAUGGACUCCAAAACUACAGUUUCAGUGGAGCUUCACAGGGUUUUAAGAGAUACCGAAUGAUGAAUAAGGGUCUUAUCUAGGGAAACGAUCUGUCACUUUCAAAAAAAAAAAGAUAUGAUAUAUAUAUCCAAAUGCGUGCCUUGCUCUGUUCUGCGAUGCGUGUUCAUGACUUCACGUAAAACCUUAAUUUCUUUUCAACUAACAAAAACAAAUACAUAAACAUAAACAUCUUGGAUGAAAUGGGGAUGAGUAAAUGAUCAUGAAAAUGAACUACUCCUUUAAGUCAUUGUCCUCUAGUCUUGGAUUGAACAAAGAUAUAUUUUUUAAAUCCAAGAUAUAUCAAUCACAAUCCUCUGUGAUGUUAUCAUUAUCAAGAUAUUUACAGUAUAGGACGCCUAAUCCACUUACAAAACUAAAUCAGUUUGUGAUUAUAUUGUUAAAUUUCAUUUGCACCGGUUAAAUGAGAGGUCACACAGACUUUUUAUAGCAUGUUUAGCCAUGAUUAAGGUCGUUGAAGAUGGAAUUUUCUGUUCUGCACACUUAUUGGAUGUAAAGAUAAUAUAUUUUUAUUGAACUCACAAUGUAUUGUUGUAUGUAAAAGUACUCACAGAUUUUGAUAAUGAUGAAAUAAAUUAAAAUAAACAAA